CGCCGCCGAGGGAACAGAGCGUCGCGGCGCGUGUGUGCCUCCGUGUGUGCUUUUAGUGUAUGCGCGUGCGUGUACGCACGCCGCGUCCCGGCGACUCGGGUAGCCCAGUCGCGUUGUAAACUCCUGGAGGCUUACGCCGAGUGCGCGAUGCGCGGCGAAACGUCGCGACGCCACCACUGGCCAACAUCAUCGACGGCCCGCUUUGUUUACCUGCGGCCCAAUCACGCGACACGACGAUGAGCGCCGCUGAGCCGCGGGGGUGGACGCUAAGCUACGGUGCCUGACAAACAGCGGAAGCGGCGAGCGACGGCGGGCACAGGAGUCGGAUGAAGCCGGGCCAGGAAGCAUGCCCUCGAAGAAGCAGUACAACCUCGUGCACAAUGACGAGUACGACACGCGGAUACCACUGCACAGCGAGGAGGCCUUCCAUCGUGGAAUCGUCUUCCACGCCAAGUUCAUUGGCUCCAUGGAGGUUCCACGACCCACCAGCCGAAUGGAGAUCGUGGCGGCGAUGCGAAGAAUCCGCUACGAGUUCAAGGCUAAGGGGAUUAAGAAGAAGAAAGUGACUCUGGAGGUCUCCGUAGACGGUCUGAAGGUCACACUCAGGAAGAAGAAGUUUCCCAUGUUGCAGAAAAAACAUCACUGGCUUGAUGAAAGUAAGCUGGUUCUCAUGCAUCAUCCAAUCUACAGGAUAUUUUACGUUUCACAUGACAGCCAUGACUUAAAAAUCUUUAGUUACAUUGCACGUGAUGGUAGUGGAAAUUCCUUUAGAUGUAACGUUUUUAAAUCCAGUAAAAAGAGCCAGGCGAUGCGUGUCGUGAGGACGGUGGGCCAGGCCUUCGAAGUGUGCCAUAAACUCAGCCUGAACAAUCCCCCCGGAGGCGGCGACGAUCAACAGCAUCAGCAUCAGCAUCAGCAGCUACAGCAGCUGCAACAGCAGCAGCAGCGCAACGACAAAGAUAGGCUCGUUGAGGACGGGGAGAGCGGCGAUCGUCGGGAGCCCCUCGACGACUGCGACGACGUCGACGAAUUCGCCAGCCUCGCCCAGUCCCAGCCCUCGCCCUCCUCCGUCCAUAAAGACAUGUCGCUGCUCGGUGAUGCUGAGGAUUCGAUCCUGGACCAACCCUGCCCCCUCGAUAACCACCAUCACCACCAUCACCACCACCACCACCACCACGAGCUCGCGACAUUGGACGGAAAUGCCAGUCAUCCAGCCGACCGUACAUCCAGCACUAACGUCAACCUCUCUCCCCAGGGUAACGCCAUCGCGGAUCAGCUAAUGAACGGCGAGCUCACCGCCCUCAAGCACGAGAUCCAGCUGCUGCGUGAGCGACUGGACCAGCAGAGCCAGCAGACGAGGGCCGCCGUCGCCCACGCGCGCCUCCUGCAGGAUCAGCUGGCCGCCGAAACCGCGGCUCGCGUCGAGGCGCAGACCCGGACGCACCAGCUACUCGUUCAGAACAAGGAGUUGCUGGAGCACAUAGCCGCCUUGGUGAGCCACCUGCGGGAACACGAGCGCAUCAGUGGCGUGCCCCUGAGUGGCCAACCUGGUCAGGUGACUGGCAGCGGUACUCUGUCCCAGGGUUCGGCCGUUGCCGACAUCACCGGCCUCGGCCAGUACAACUCAUGGCCAUGGGAUCAUCUCUGCUCGCCUCGCCCUCCUUACUCACCACUCGCUACGUACUACCAUCCGAGCCUCGCCUUCGGCCUCAGCCCUUUCGGCUUCCUGCCGGGAGUCCUCUUCAACAACUACGCCGAGGAGCUUCGUCGGCAAGCCCAACUCUGGGACAGCCUCAAGGGCGUCACUCCUUACGCGGCCGCAGCGGCAGUGGCAACGGCGACGACGACGACGACGACGACGACGACGACGACGGCGGCUGCCACUACGGCACCGAUCACUCCAACCUCGUCCUAUGCCAAGGAUACGAGCACCGUCCCAGCGCCCCAUUACUACGGCUAUGGAUGCACGCUGCCUCCUAACGGCCGACCCCGCUCGGUUCAGCCUACUACGUCGUCUCGAUUGAUGGAUUCGGGGUCGGAGCAGCGCUCGCGCUCCUUGGAGAGGGCGCAGAAGGUCGCAGGGGCCAACAGCGGCGAGGUCUCGUUCAUAAAGCCGCUGCCGUGCAGAUGUCGACCCGAGGCUAAGCCCGCGAACCCGCGGCUGAUUAAUAGUAUGCGCGACCUUGUGCGACCGCUCGUCCUUGAGCAGCCGAUGCAAUCGUCGCCAAGGGGCCCGAGGAUCACACCCGACUCCAUGCCGAAGAUCGACGAGGCCGAGGAUGAGCGACUGGCCCAAUCGCCGAGGUCCGGCCGACGCAACAGCCGAUAACGCAGCGAGCGACUUUUCCCUUCGUGGCGAGCGCUUCAAUG